GGUCUGAAACAGAUGGCUUCUCUCCCUCACAUCUGACCGGAGAAAGUUAUAAGUCCUGCGGCCUCGGGAAGGAUGCUGUAGAGGAGAACACCUCUAUAAGGUCGUUACAAAAACCCGUGAGCAGAAAGUCAAGAUGACGAGCACUGAGAGUAAAGAGGAGAUCAGCGACACAGACAGUGGCAUCAUCGUACACUCCGGUUCAGACAGCCCCACGUCGCCGGUGAAGGACCUGGCCACCCACACCAGAGCUCUGAAACUGAAGCACCAGUCUCUGGAGGAGCGCCUGGAGCUCUGCCUGCUGGAGCUGCGAAAACUCUGCAUCAGGGAGGCAGAGCUAACAGGCACACUUCCUUCAGACUAUCCUCUGAUGCCUGACGAGAAGCCGCCUCGGGUUCGAAGGAGRAUUGGAGCGUCGUUCAAACUGGACGAAGAGCUGAUCCUUCAGGAUCAACAGGAUUCAGAGUUACAAGCGCUAGAGACYGACUUGGCGGUCCAGCGACAGAUUUACGAGGCGGCCCGUAAGCUCUCCCUCGAAGGCAACCUCACUAAACCACAGAAGAAGAACAGGCUGCAGCAGUGCAGAAGGGAGGAGAAGAAAGUGAAGGACCUGCAGGAGGCCGUGCUUCAGCACAGAAUCAAGAGCGAGUGCAAUUCACCAUCCGUCUCCAUGUCAAGCAGCCAAAACAAAGAUAUGUGCAUGUCUGAUGACAGCUCCCUCUCUGAUGUGGUGGCUCUGGAUGAGGACGUGGACUCCUCAUUCCCCCUCUCACCUGCAAUGCUGGGCACUUCCUGUUCAGACCCCCUCCAGUUGUCAGAUGAGACCCUGCAGUCGUCCCAUGAGUCUUCAGGGCAGACCGGUGUGGAGUAUGAGCGCUCUCCCAUCCARAACUCUCCGUGGAAGGAGUCCAGUCUGGACCAGCCUUACCACAGGGCCACAAAAAUUCAGUUUGCCACCAGGAGCAGAUCCAGUAGUCCAGCAGGGAUGCAGGUGUCUGCAGAAAACUGCAGGAUUCCUCUCACCCAGUUUGUCAGGAACUCGGCGUUGCGUCACUCUCACUCAACCAGCGCCCCCUCCACCCCAGAGCUGCUUGUUCGCCGGCAGUACUCUCAGUCUUUCAGGCUUCCCAAGAAAAAGCUGUUUGUUGAUGUAGAGCACCUGAGCUCAGAGAGCAGUCAAGGAACAGCAGGGCUGCCUCAACAGCACCUCAGCCUCUCUGUCCGUUCCCCGAAGUGUCCGCCGCACCCUUACCAGACCAGCUCAGAGGACAGCAGCUCAGAGCACUCGUCUUCCUCCUUCAUCUGCUCCCCUGUGAGAGACAGACCCACUGAGAUCCCUAAACUCUGCCCCCCACCUUACGGAUUCCACUUUGGAGCCCAGAAGAAAGACCUCUCCGUCUUCUCCGGCCCACACAAGAGCAGCAGCCAGCUUCAGUCCAGCCCUGCCCACACCAGAGCUGCAAUGGAGGACGUCCCCCUCUCUCCACAAGACCUGGACCUGGGGAAGCGCUUCCUGUCCACCCCUCCAACCGCUGGCAGACAGCAAAGGCGAGCCUCCUCCCCGAGGAACAUCCUAAAGCCCCCGCCGCCUUACAGUAAGCUGGUGCGAACGCCUUCGCUGAGAGAGUACCCCAACCACGCCGUCAGGAUGAUGCCCCGCGAGGUCGUCUCCGAGGAGCUGAAGUCCUGGCAUCAGCGGAACCACCUGCACAAGUUACGGCCGAGCUGUGGGGAACUGCAGAGCCCGCUGAGCCCCGCCUCACCUCACCUGCCCACAUUCGAACAGGGUUCAGGAAACGUGAUUCUCCAAAGAUCUGCAGACGGGACUCCAGUCCAGUGGUUUGUGGCUGAGGAGGCUGAAAUCGUGAGCCAGGUGUAACAAGCGCCUCCUCAACAUGUUUGUUGUUUAUUUAUCUCUGUAUUUAUUAAGACUCUGGACUCUCUGUGAGACUGUUGACGUGAUGCGGGAAAAACRUAGACCUAUCUGUACCAGAUUGGUAAUUAAUUUAUAAAUGAAUGUAAGGUGGUAUGCCAGUUUUAUUUAUUUGAGUUAGGUGUGUGUCAGUGAGAUGAGGUUUAUGUGGUCUCAUGAAUGUUUCAGACCAUACAUUUAUUUCAAGAGUUUUCUGUGGCUGGCACACAUUUUGCACACAAACAUCUGCAGUAGUUGUCAUAUAGAUUUCCUAAUUUUUMAAUAUAAUUAUUAACUAUAUUUAAUUUAAUUUUCUCUCUUACAACAUAGACUUAUACUUUAUUGAACGUUUAUUAUUGUUUAUGUUUAACUUCGAUUUUUGUCCUCUGCUCCUUUCCUGUUUUCACUGCAUUAUGAUGCUUUCUUACUAACCACUUGAUUGUAUGAUAUUUAAUAUUUUUGUGUAUUUAUAAUUAAAAAAAAUAU